AUGACGAAAUAUUCAAAUCACCAUUGUGAUGUUAUAUCAACUGUACAAUUAAGUCCAUUUGGUGAAGAUCAUUGGCAUCGUAUAGUAACUUAUUCACCAAUGUAUUUUAAUUGGUCUGAUUUUAUAAUGAUGAAUCGUAAACAUACACCCAAAAAACGAACUUUAAUUAGUCCAAUAGAUAUUAACGCUGUUAAAUUAGAAGAUCAAUUAUUACUUAAUGAAAUUCAUACGAUACAAAGAGCAACUAUUAUGCCAUCUGUAACAAGAUUUUCAGGAAAAAAUUCAUACGAAUCAAAAUAUUUCGAUGAAGAACAUUGUCAACGACCAACAUCACCUACAGAUGAAUAUCAAAGAUCAUCAGAUUUUUUUCAUCAAACAAGAGAAUCACCAAUACUUCAUUCUAAUUAUGUUGAAACAUCAUUAUCACAUCAACAAUAUACUACAAAACAUUCUCUAUUACAACCAAAAAACACUAGCAAUGCAAAAAUAAAAGUAUUAUCGAAAAUUAAUUUUGGUCCAAAACCUCAAGCUUCAUUAAGUGUUCAACUUCGACAAUCAGCUAUAGCUCGUGAAAAUGCUCUUACAACUGCAGCUGAUCAUCGAAGUACAACUCCAUUAUCAAUGUCUUCAUCAAAACGAGCUGCUGGUGGUAGUGCUCAUUCAAGUCGUCGCAGUCAUCAAAAAUAUCGAUUUCUAUAUCCUCAAACACCACCACCUAGUGAAACAUAUACUAUUGGUGUAAAAAGUACGAAUACAAGUCGUUCAAAAGUACAUAUGAUUAAAACAAAAACUGAUCGUGCACGAAAACAACAACAUACUGAAUUAAAAACAAUUUUAGUUAAACCAUGUAGACAAUUGUUAACAAGUGAUAAUACAUUAGAAGAAACAAUUCCAAAUUCAAUUGAAACAAUGCGUCAAUUACGUGGAUCAAUACCUGCAUUUGAAAAAAAUUUACGAUAUACUUAUCACAAACAAUUAAAUAAAUUUAGAAACGAUUUGAAAAAAUGUUGA